AUGCCGGUAAGUGUGAACUUGGAACAUCCCCAGCCACAGACCGUAAGUUACUGCAGCUGCACCCAUCGAAAGCACUCAGCCUUUGUUGCAACCGGCACUCCAGGCGAUGAGGUGAAGAAGGAAGAGAAGAAGGAAGAGAAAGCCGCCAAAGCCAAAGCGGCAGAGGCCAAGAAGCCUGCAGCAAAGAAGGAAGCCAAGCAAGCUGCACCGAAGAAGGAGGCUGCUUCCAAGCAGCAGGCCAAGGGCGGCGGCUUGGUGGUAAAGAAGGCAGAAAGCGUUCCGGACUGGUACGCGGAGGUGAUCGGCAAGGGCCAACUGAUUGAAAAGUACCCAGUCAAAGGCUGCUUCAUUCUCCGUCCGUGGGCUUACAAGCUGUGGGAGCAGAUUCAGGGAUGGUUGGACACACAAAUCAAGAUCCUGGGAGUCGAGAACUGCUACUUCCCCAUGUUCAUUCCGAAGUGUUACAUGGAGAAGGAGAGCGACCACUUGGAUGACUUUGCACCGGAGCUGGCGAUGGUGACCAAGUUCGGCAACGAGGAAAUUGACGAGCCGGUGGCGAUUAGGCCAACAAGCGAGACCGCCAUGUACGCGGCAUUUUCGACUUGGGUGCAGUCACACAGGGAUUUGCCCCUCAAGCUGAACCAGUGGUGCAGUGUCGUCCGGUGGGAGGUCAAGCAGACUACUCCGUUUCUGCGAACACGUGAGUUCUUGUGGCAAGAGGGCCACACCGCGUAUGCAGAGAAGGCCGAUGCGGAGAAGGAGGUGUUGGAUAUCUUAGAGCUCUAUGCUCGUGUCUACGAGGAGCUUUUGGCCAUCCCAGUGGUGCGUGGGACGAAAACGAAGGCUGAGACCUUCCCCGGCGCUGACUACACAACGACGGUAGAGGCGUUUAUUCCAGCUACGGGCCGCGCAAUCCAGGGCGCGACCUCACAUCACUUAGGCCAGAACUUCUCGAAGAUGUUCAACAUUGCCUUUCAGGAUCCGAAGGAUCCCACAGGCUCUGCGGUCGAGCAUGCGUACCAAAACUCCUGGGGCCUCACCCAACGAACUAUUGGAGUGAUGGUCAUGGUUCAUGGCGACGACAAAGGGCUCGUGCUGCCACCAAGCGUGGCUGGAUACCAGGUCGUCAUUGUGCCGCUGGGCAUCAAGGCGAGCAGCACAGAGGAAGACAAGAAGUCGUUGGCGGAUGUCUCUCAGUCUUACACAAAGAGGCUGAGGGCAGCCGGAGUCCGCGUGUUCCUAGACGACGAUAACACCAAUUCUCCUGGAUGGAAGUUCAACAACUGGGAGAUGAAGGGGGUGCCUUUGAGGAUGGAGUUGGGCCCGCUCGACAUUCAAAAAGGUGAGUUCGUGUUGGCAAAACGAAACAUUCUGGAUCAGAAGGCGGGUAAGGUUAUCGGCAAGCACGACUCCCUCGAAGAUGAUGUGAAGAGAACGCUGGAUGACAUACACAACGAGCUUUAUUCCAAAGCCCUGGCUGAACGGGAUAGCCGUUUGUCAACCAUUUCCGAGUGGAAGGACUUCAGUCCGAAUUUGAAUGAAGGCAAGAUGGUCAUGGUGCCUUUCUGUGGAGUAAAGGAGUGUGAGGAAGGAAUCAAGGACAAGUCCAAGGAGGAGGCAGCAGAAGUUGAGGUGGCUGGCGGUCUGAAGAUGGGGGCCAAGAGUCUCUGUGUGCCUCUCGAGCUGGGUUUGCAUGCCUCUCGAGCUGCAGCCGAGCCAGGAAUGGCCUGGCCAACAGAAGGACAUGUACGGCACAGUCGGCUCUGCUUGGUUCUCUGGUGCUUGAGCCUCAUAAGCAUCGCGCAGACUUCCCAGCCAUCAUCAAAGUGUGCUGAUGGAACCUGCCCCAAGGGGCGCAAGGAUUCGGGUGUGUUGCUGAUGCAGCUGAAGCCGAAGCUGCGACGAGCCGAGAGCAACACGACAGACCAGGAUGAAAAGUGGCCGAGCUGCUGCUCUCGGUGUGGAAGUCGUGGCUGGUGCUCUCCUUUGAGUGGGAAGUGCCACGCGCUGCAGAACAAGCUUUACUAUGAGCCUUGCGAAGCACACCCAGCAGACGCAGUGACAGUUGGGGCAUUGGACUGGUCCGAUGAGUUUGAAGGUGCCGAGAUCGACAGCUCGAGCUGGGUUCUGCUUGAAGCGGAGGGGGCAGUUCCAUCUGUGAAGUACACCAGCCGAAGGGACAAUGCCUUCGUGCAAAAUGGCUCGUUGAAGAUCGUAGCGAAGUGCGAGGAUUUGGGCCGCUGGAAUUUCUCUUCUGCCAGGCUGACCACCGCCAGCCUUCGGGAAUGGGGCCCGGGUCAUCGCAUCGAGCUGCGGGCUCGUGCCCCGGCUGGCCGUGGUGCUUGGCCUGCUGUCUGGAUGCUCCCAUCCCAAGGUCAUCAUGGAACAGGACAUGGUGGUGAAAUUGACAUUAUGGAAACCACAGGCUGCAUCAGCGACAAGGUGCAGGCUGCGGUGCAAACGGGUGCUUUCAAUGCUGACAACAAGUUGCAGAAGGGACAUCACUUCUACACCACUGUCUCCAACUGGCAUGUCUACACUCUCGAUUGGUUACCUCGCAGGCUGAAGUGGUAUGUGGAUGGCGUGAGCUUCUUCAGCUUCAUGCCGGACAGUUUUAGCACGGCGGAGUGGCCUUUCAACAAGAGCUUCUUCCUGAAUCUUGAUGUCUCCGUCGCAGGUCCCUGGGCCGGCUUCUGCCUGGAUGGUCACUCGCCAUCAUGCACAAAGGACGAGGAGUUUGGCCGCGACCAGGUACUCGAGGUUGACUACGUUCGUGUCUACAGGUUGGACGAGGCACAUGGUUAG